ACAAUUAGUUUCGUCUCUUCUCUCCUCCAAUCUCCUCUCCACCAUUCCUUAGAAACAGAUGCGAAUGUCGUCAUAGUCAGUCAUGUCCUGACAGUCCCCGAGUAUCGCAUAGCGACUGCGAUCAGGACACCCCAAACUCGCUCGCCAUCAGUCGUGACUCGCUCUGUUGGGCAUAGCCAUCUGUCGCCCAAGUAGAGUCACGAAACAAUCGCCGUACAGCCGAAGCAUCCCGCUACUAAGUGCUCUACGUGCACUCACAAGCAGCCGAACACGUUAUCCUCCACUUCCCACCCUUAGUCAUUUUCCUCUCCGUACAUCGUUCUGGUAGUAGCAGGGUCGAGGCGCAAUGCGGUGGCUCGUGCUUCUCUGCGUAGUGAGUCUUUUCCUCGUAGCUCGACCGGCAGAUGGGUUCGCUCCUCUUACCGAAUAUCGAGGCCUCUUUUGGCGGUUCCUGGACGCGAUACAAGACGGGCAACAGUCCCGAUACGGUGCAAGCAUGUACAGUAGUGGAAAUGGCGUCGACCCCGCUGCGUCAUCCCCUUUUGGCAUGAGAACCGUACGAGAUAGCAAUUCAACAGGUGCUUUAAGAUCAGCUUUCGCCACAGCGACGAGCUAUCUGAACGAUCACCUGAGCAGACGGAAAACGCAGGACGAUUCGUUCACUCCGGGGUUCUGUUCCGACUACGAGGGAGCAGUCUAUAUCAAGGUCCUUACUGUAGACGACAUCGCCCGGCGCCUCAACUACCCGCGAACGCGCACCGUCAUUCUCGAGGUCAACAAAAACCUCGUACUCGAUAAAGGGCUCCUCUUUGACGGCCGAUACUCGUGCACUGUACUCCGCUCCAACAACUUAACCGGAUCGGGUUACAAAAUCUCCUACUUCGGAUCGGAUCAGCCUGUAUUGCGGAUAUGGAACACCAGCAAUGUGCUUGUACUGGGACUGAGCUUCUCUCUAGGGGUCCGCACCUCGUCCCCUGAAUGCGUCGGCAUUCCCGAGAACGGCAUCGGGGUAAAUUGCCCUACAAUUCACGUGUACAGGAGUUACGGAAUUCAGAUCGCCAAGGGGACUGUUUUCGGGCGCAUCGACCUGUUUCGGAGCAUGUCGUCGCGAGUCGACUCCAUGCGCGUGACAGGCGUGCCCGUGUUCAACAAAUCGCCGGGCGUGAUCCGCGUCGCCAUGAGCGGGCAUGGGCCCACGCUGCAGAAGUCGUAUAUCGCGAUCACCAAUAACGAGGUCUACGGCGUGGACACACCAAUCGUGCUGUACCAGGGCGCCAUCGGCGUGAUAGUGCGCAACAACUACGUGCACGACUUCAUCUUCGCCGGCAUCCGCUGUGGCGCCGACGUGCACUACGCGGCGGACUGCGUGCUGAGCACCAUCUCGUAUAACAUUGUGGUGGCGGCGGGGACCAACAGGUCCGGGGACCAGGACGCGGCGGGGAUCUACUACUGCACGCACUGGUUCAGCCCAGCGAAUUAUGCGGAGUGCAACUAUGUGUUCAACGGCGACCACUGCUACUACCUGGACUACGUCACAUCGGGCGUCACAGUGAACGGUGGGGCGUGUGUGGGCACGUACGAUGGCAUCAAGGUCAACAACGGCAAGUGGAACUCAGUGGACAACAUAAUCAUCAAGGACGUCCCUGGCGUGCCGGGCUGGUGCACGUGCUUCACGCCCACCGUCAACCACUGCGGCAAGCGCCCGGGGACGUACUGGGAGGCCAUGCGCAAGCGGUACUACGACACCCCGCUCUUCCGCCAGCAGUGGCCCUGGUGGGACAGCGUCUGCCAGGACCGCUCCAUCCGCGGCAAGCUGUGUAAUAUCGGGCGGAGGGGGACAUUGCAAGGGAAGCAGACUGGGUAUUGUAGCGGGUUACCCACGGACAACUUUGUGCGGCUGAUUGUAGCGAACGGCACGCGGGACAUGGGGUACAAGUACUGCGAGGUGCUGCCGACGGUGGAGGAGGGGACGUUCAACAAGCACCAGCUCGUCAACCUCACGGAUAUCCCCUCUGCAGCGUUCUUCGAUUACGCGCAAAACGACUUUGGAGUGUACAAGCGCUCGUCACUGUUUAAGACCCUCCCGAAUUUCAAGAGCUGCCCUCGGUGGACCAUCGGGCCAAGGAGGGUGGAUGAGAACUUCUACCUGAUGAACUACAAUCACCCGGAGCCGCCGGCCUUUCAGCUGGUGGCUACCAUGGCGACGACACACAUCAUCGACCGUGCGCUGCAGGCCAGUUUGAAAUGACACCUCUGCUGUGCUGGCAGGGGGGGCCAUCUAGUGGGCUAUCUGGUUUGAAGCGACACCUGUUGAUGGGGGGGGGAACGGAGUUAGGGUUCAUCUGCUGGGUUGCUGAGUCCACUGGGUGGCUCAUACGGCGACCACGUGCUUCCUCAAGCUUCAGGCCUCAAGCUCCAAGAUUCUAACUUCGCAGCAAAAAGGAGUACGGGUAAUAACACCAGCCUAUACAUGAUGCUCCCUCUGAGCACACUGCUUUUCCGCUCAACGGGUGCCAAUCUUAUGGGCACCAACCAACUGCUCAUCCACGUGAUUCUCCUACACAUUGUCGGUUGUGAUAUUUAAACUGUUGUACCAUACAUACAGUAUGUGGCUUAAUAAAGUGUACCCUACUUG